AUGUGAAGCGUGUCUCGGCUGGGUGAGUCAGCACUUCAGAUUUCAAAGAAUUAUUCAAAAUAAUUUUGCAUUUGGUUCAGUGUAAGGUGUUAAUAUUUAGGACUCUGUGUUUUAUUUGCAGUACCAAUCUCAUGGUGAAAGUUCAUCAGUCAGUCCAGGAUCUAGACUCUUCAGGGAAAAGAUAUGGGAAACAUAUCGUUCCAGGAUCAAGUUUGUUUUUUGAUAUGUUGGGCUCUGAUGUUGACGUACGGCUCUGCAGAGCGGCAGUACUUCAUCCAGUCCAAAAAUCUUACCUGGGACGAGGCCAGAAAAAGCUGCCAGAUGUGCUUCAAAGACCUGGUGACUGUGACCCCUGAAAACACCCAGAUCAUUGCCCGAAGGAUCAACUAUGAACACUGGAUCGGCCUUCGCAAGAACUUCGACCCCAAAAGCAACUCCACGAGCAAUAGCACCAGCACUCCAACCAGCUACUCCGCUAGCACUACAACCAGCAACUACACUAGCACUCCAACCAGCAACUACACUAGCACUACAACCAGCUACUCCGCUAGCACUCCAACCAGCUACUCCGCUAGCACUACAACCAGCAACUACACUAGCACUCCAACCAGCAACUACACUAGCACUCCAACCAGCAACUACACUAGCACUACAACCAGCUACCCCACUAGCACUCCAACCAGCUACCCCGCUAGCACUACAACCAGCAACUACACUAGCACUCCAACCAGCUACUCCAUGAGCUACUUCACCAGCUACGAUAUCAGUGACUCCACCAGUAACUCUACCAGCAAACCCAGUAUGCCCUGGACCCGCUGGGCCAAUGGGGACCCCCUUGCCUUUCAGAAUUGGUACCCUGGUUGGCCGGUGUUCAAAUCCUCCUUCCCAAGGAGAGACUGCUGCAGCUGCUCCUGUACCUGCCCCGCACCAGAAGCUAGCUCAACUACCUCUGUGGUAAUGAGCCUCACCAGAACCACAGAAUCCACAACCCAAAGCAUGACAACCUCUACCAGACAUUACACAACCGACAGCACAACAGAUACCACCAACUUCACUGGUCAAAUUGUGACAAACUCCACCAGACAGUACACAACUGACAGCACAACGGAUACGACCAACUCCACCAUAGAGUACCCAAUUGACAGCACAACAGAUAUCACCAACUCCACUGUUCAAAGCAUGACAAACUCCACCGGACAGUACACAAUUGACAGCACAACGGAUACGACCAACUCCACCAUAGAGUACACAAUUGACAGCAGAACAGAUAUCACCAACUCCGCUGAUCAAAGCAUGACAAACUCCACUGGACAGUACACAAUUGACAGCACAACGGAUACGACCAACUCCACUGGACAGUACACAAUUGACAGCAGAACAGAUAUCACCAACUCCACUGAUCAAAGAAUGACAAACUCAGUCGGACAAUACACAACUGACAGCACAACGGAUACCACUGACUUUACUGAUCAGAGCAUGACAAACUCCACCAGACAAUACACAACUGAUAGCACAACGGAUACCACCAACUUCACUGGUCAAAUUGAGACCAACUCCACUGGACAGAACACAAUUGAAAACUCAACGGGCAUGAACAGCGCCACUGUCUUCACAUACAACGCCAACUCCACUGAUCAAAACGCGUCACCCUCUACCAGAGUAGACACAACCCAAAGCAUGACAACCUCUACCAGACAAUACAUAACCGACAGCACAACGGAUACCACCAACUUCACUGGUCAAAUUUGGACAAACUCCACCGGACAGUACACAACUGACAGCACAACGGAUAUCACCAACUCCACUGUUCAAAGGAUGACAAACUCCACCGGACAGUACACAAUUGACAGCACAACAGAUAUCACCAACCCCAGCGAUCAAAGCAUGACAAACUCCACCAGACAGUACACAAUUGACAGCACAACGGAUACGACCAACUCCACCAUAGAGUACACAACUGACAGCACAACGGAUACCACCAACUUCACUGGUCAAAUUGAGACCAACUCCACUGGACAGUACACAACUGAAAACUCAACGGGCAUGAACAGCGCCACUGUCUUCACAUACAACGCCAACUCCGCUGAUCAAAACGCGUCACCCUCUACCAGAGUAGACACAACCCAAAGCAUGACAACCGCUACCAGACAAUACAUAACCGACAGCACAACGGAUACCACCAACUUCACUGGUCAAAUUUGGACAAACUCCACUGGACAGUACACAACUGACAGCACAACGGAUAUCACCAACUCCACUGUUCAAAGGAUGACAAACUCUACCGGACAGUACACAAUUGACAGCACAACGGAUACGACCAUACAGUACACAACUGACAGCACAACAGAUAUCACCAACUCCGCUGUUCAAAGCAUGACAAACUCCACCGGACAGUACACAAUUGACAGCACAACGGAUACGACCAUACAGUACACAACUGGCAGCACAACAGAUAUCACCAACUCCACUGUUCAAAGCAUGACAAACUCCACCGGACAGUACACAAUUGACAGCACAACAGAUACGACCAUACAGUACACAAUUGACAGCACAACAGAUAUCACCAACCCCAGCGAUCAAAGCAUGACAAACUCCACCAGACAGUACACAAUUGACAGCACAACAGAUAUCACCAACUCCACUGAUCAAAGCAUGACAAACUCCAUCGGACAAUACACAACUGACAGCACAACGGAUACCACCAACUUCACUGGUCAAAUUGAGACCAACUCCACUGGACAGUACACAACUGAAAACUCAACGGGCAUGAACAGCGCCACUGUCUUCACAUACAACGCCAACUCCGCUGAUCAAAACGCGUCACCCUCUACCAGAGUAGACACAACCCAAAGCAUGACAACCUCUACCAGACAAUACACAACCGACAGCACAACAGAUACCACGAACUUCACUGGUCAAAUUUGGACAAAUUCCACCGGACAAUACACAAUUGACAGCACAACGGAUACGACCAUACAGUACACAAUUGACAGCACAACAGAUAUCACCAACUCCACUGAUCAAAGCAUGACAAACUCCACCAGACAGUACACAAUUGACAGCACAACGGAUACAACCAACUCCACCAUAGGGUACACAAUUGACAGCACAACAGAUAUCACCAACUCCACUGAUCAAAGCAUGACAAACUCCGUCGGACAAUACACAACUGACAGCACAACGGAUACCACCAACUUUAUUGAUCAAAGGAUGACCAACUCCACCAGACAAUACACAACUGAUAGCACAACGGAUACCACCAACUUCACUGGUCAAAUUGAGACCAACUCCACUGGACAGUACAACACAUACAACGGCAACUCUACCAGAGUAAACACAACCGAAAGCAUGACUUCCACUACCAAAGGUUUUGCCACAGAUGGACCCACGGUCAGCACAGAUACACGCAGAGCCGCCACAUCUCCACCGUUAGAAGCGACGUGUUCACGGUCACCUAUGCCGAUGCCCGACGUCCCCGACCCUGAUGAGAAUUACAUCGAAGAUUCUUGUGUGGCCAUGCUCAGCUUUGGGGCUUGGGUUGAAAAGGAGUGCUACGAGCUUCUGCCUUUUAUUUGUUAUGAAGAUCGUUUCUUUGGUCAAGUCAAUGUGACCAAUAUCACUACCAAGAACGCCACCUUGACCUGGGACCUCGGGCCUGGUGAUAUCAGCCAUUACCGUGUAGAGGUCAAUGGUGACAUACAGCUGGAAAGCAACCUGACAAACACGACCCUGGAUCUUGCCAACCUGACAGCAGGCACCAACUACUCAGUCCAGGUGUUCCCUGUUAAGUGUGAAAGGGACCUCAACCCACAGAACGCCUCCUUCUACACCACACCAAAUGAAGUAAGAAACCUUGGAGUCACAGGAGUAAAGGAAAGAUCCAUCGUUCUGAGCUGGGACAAACCAGUUGGAAACCGGGAGUUCUAUCUUGUUAAGGUCGAGGCUCGGGAGAUGAGGGCUUACAGUGAAACCCAAGAAGUCGAUGGUUUGACACCUGGAAGCUUUUACAAAUUCAUCGUCCUGUCAGGAGUCAAGGACGAAUCCAGGUGGAGCGAAGAGUCUUUCGUCACAGCGUACACCAGACCUGAGAAAGUGUCUCUUCUGAACAUGAAUCGUAGUGACAACUCAGUGAAUUUUACCUGGAAGACACCUGAGGGGAACCACACGGGCUUCAGGGUGACGGUUUACAAGGACAAGGAACUGAGAACCCCCUUGGCUAACCUUUCACAAGUGGUGGAAGGCACUUCAUGGCAAGUUUGUGAGAGGGAACUACCAAAGGGCGCAGAAGUAACGUUGGCCGUGACAGCGCUGGCCAAUCACACCCUGGAGGGAGACCCCGUAUCUAUGAGCUUCUACACUGCUCCCGGACCAGUUUCAGACCUGACCGUAAAAACAACUGAAGACACGGUUCGAGCGACUUGGAGCCCCCCGCUGACCGAUUUUGAGAGUUACAUAGUCGAGCUAUAUCUGGAUGAUGUAAUAAAAAAUAACCGCACAAUAAAGGACAACACAACUAAAACAACUUGCUUUGAAAAAUUAAAGAUCGCAGCCAACUACACUGUGCUUGUCUACGCUGUUAGUGGAGACCUGUUGAGUGAGUCAGUGGGAGCCUCCAAUUUUACCUUGCCUCGUCCACCUACUGAUGCAGUCGCCACUGACAGGAAUCAUAGCUCAAUCACCUUUACGUGGAAGGCCCCUGAGAACGCAUCGCCAAAUAUCACGUACCUGGUCACACUCAACUCCAUCUUCUGGAACUAUACCCAUAAAGAUAGUGUCUACGGCAGCACCCGCUAUGUAUUUUCAAAUUUGAUAUCAGGAACCACAUAUGAUUUUGAAGUUCGUACAGAGGCAGGUAAUGUGAUGAGUAAUCCGGCCAAAGCAAGAAAUGAAACAGCCAGAGACGAAAGACUGUUGUCCCUGUCCAUGCUGUGCACCUCGGAAACACCUCUCCUCUGCAGUAACUCCACCACGUGGGAGAGCAUACAGGCACAGUUGAAGGACCAUUUCUCUAAGGAGCUUGGGGACAGCGUUUACUGGGAACUUGUGAAACCCUGAAAGCUCAGGAGCACAAGGUGACGCUUUGCAUUUGAUUGUUUGGAAACUGUUCUGGUGAAGGAGUGUUUGACAGUUUGUUUUCUUGUCAACGGCUUUGUUUAAAGACCUGAAUAGUAAGCAGUUGUGUUUAUUGGUUCUUUUAACUACAUAUACAUACAUACAUACCAAUACAUACAUACAUACAUACAUACAUACAUAUAUAUAUAUAUACAAAAGUUUUUAUUUUUUUUUAAAAAAGUGCUAUAAACAACCUGUUCAUGUUUUGUUUGCUGCAUUACUUUUAAUUUUAUUCAUAGCAUCACAUUAUAUACAAUAUUUCAACCAGGACAAGAAAAUAAGUAAAUUAAGCUUUGUUAUAAGAGAUACAGGUAAAAAGUCUGAUAAUCUGUAUUUUACUCAAUAUCUGCAUCUGUGGCUUGUCACGUCUUUUCCUGGUGUUUUAAAUAAAUGUAUCAAAACAUAAA